GGCGUGCGGCUGGCGGCCCCUGCUCGUGGUUCCGGCCCCCGGCCCGCCCCCGCCUCGCCGGCCUCCCUCCACGCCGGUGCGCGGCGCCCCGUCCCAGUCGCGGCCGCAGCUGUCGCCCCUCCCGGGCUUGAGAGCGCGGAGCCGCGAGGCCGGGCCGGGCCGCCGGCCGGUACUGCUGGGGGCGCGGCGCCGACGCCGAGGCGCGGCCAUGGAGGGGGAGCCCCGCGCCGGGGUCGCGCUGGUCCCGGGGCCGAGCGGCCGCGGGCCUUCCGCCCGCCGCGCCCGCCGCCCGGGGCUGCUGCUCCCCGGCCUCUGGCUGCUGCUGCUCGCCCGGCCGGCCUCGUGCGCCCCAGAUGAGCUCUCUCUGGAACAGCACAACCUUUCCUCAUCUUCCGUGGAGCCCACGCUGAAGCAGAGCACCGCGCACAGCGCCGCACAUGUGGCCUUAACAGAAACCACUGCAGGGUCCCAGCAAAGCAGAUCUCUCCACGUCAUCUCAUCUCCAUCCGUCAUUACUUUUGAUACCACCUUUUUUAAUCAGGGAAAACGGACCCCCAGUACAGCAGAUCACAGUAUCUUUGUGGUAAAUUACAUGUCUGUGACGAGCAAUGAGGUGCUCGGAGAUGAUGACGAAAUGGAUAACUUUUUGCCAGAAACUCACUGGACUGCUUCCCGCGUGGUUUCUCCUGUACAGUCCAUGACAGUCAGCCCACCAGGGCUGCCUGAGGAAACGCUGGGCCCAGUGCUGACUCCAUCCCUUCCCAUUAUUUCUUUACACAGUGAGAAAGGGACAUCAGCGUUGCAAAACACAGUGCAGCUUCCGACAACGUACGCUGAAUCCCCCAGUCAUCUCAGUGCUCUUCGGUCAGCUUUUCCCACGUCCGCGGGCACAAGGCCAAUCCCUAGUAGGAAUGUGGUGCUUUAUCCUACUGACUCCCAUGGGCACUUACCCACCAGGACUUUACCGGAGAUCACGGCUUCAGGAACAGAGGACGUAGAAACCGUCCUUUUUAGCCUGGAGUCUGCAGUGCCUCAGCCCGGGGACGAGGGCAGUACCCGGCAGCCGCCGUCCCCCACCCCACCUCCAGAGGACGUUCUGGCUGCAGAUACAGACAGCUUCCCUGAUGUGACCUCUGCUUUGAGCCCAAGUCUAAAAGAAAGCUUCUCUCCAGGAACAUCGCCUGCUGCAGCUCUGGCACAGACCGCCCUGGCCUGCAGCAGCUGCGGCCGCCUCACCAAUUCAGCUUUGUUUUCCAGCCCUCUUGUGUUGGUUUCCUUCUCUACUCAGUCCGCUGAGGUUUCGUGUAACCCCACUCCCACUGGCAGUUCCAGUGUAGCAUCAGAAUUGCCUGGCAGUUCGGUGGCCCCAAGUCUCGGGGACGACACUCAUGUCUCAAGCCCAGUGUCUUUGCUCAGCCGGGACCCGUGUUGCACUUCCUGUGCUUCCACGCCUGGGCUCCUUCAGUCAGUCGGCCUCCUGGAGAAGGACGUGGGAUCGGGGGAUGGUGCAGAGACCCUGUCUGGGGCCAUGUUGGAGGUGCACAGCCUCUCGCCCCUGAGCAGCGUGGGGGUGGACUUCUCUGACUUUGAGGAACAGUCUCAAGAAUACAGCACACUUUUCCCCUCAAGACCGAUUGUUCCACUCUCUUCUCCCUCCACAGUAAUCUCAGAAGUGAGCACUGGUAUUCCAGCUGAGGUGGAUGCGAGCGGGGUCAUGACCACACAGGCCUACCCUUCCCAGAGCCUCCUCCCUGUCCUGGUGUCACACGAUGUGGCUCCUUUCGGCUCCCCCUCUGUGGCUGGAACUCGAGGAGUGCCGUCCAGCGCGACAGCUGUGUUUUCCUCUGCCAUCGCCCAUGUUCUCCUUGACUCAUCUUUCUCCGUCCCUGCAAACACGCGCACACCGUCGCUGGCUGGCAGAGACUCGCGUCUUUUUACAUCUUACAGUUUGGGUCCUUCGGCAGAGCCUUCGUUUUUCCCUGACAGAGAACCUGUUGGUUUUUCUGAAUGUGAAACUGGAAGUAUUUUGGAUUUCGCAUCCAGUUUUUUCCCUACUCCACCCCUGGAAGUGAGCAGCUCUGUCCCAACAUCUUCAGAAGUACCUGCUUCUCCAUCUCUGACGCUGCGUGAUUUGCCAACCUACAUUUCUCUGGCACUUUCUACCUUGGUUGAGACACUUUCAUUGUCCGGCCCUGUCAAUGUGCAGUCACCUCAGCUUGCUGUUCCUAAUUCCACCAGCCUUGAAUUUUCUCAGCUCCAGCCAAGUUCCGACCUUCUUUUAAAUACAUUCACUUUACUACCUAGUUACUCUGAAAUGUCACUGUUGUCAAGCUUCCCAUCUGAUUCUCUCAAAUUCUCUGAGGCAUCAACAGUUUCACUGACAGAUUCUAAAGCUCAUUUUACCUCGGUCCUCACUGCAACUACCUCCUAUUUUGAGUUGUCACUCAGUUCCCAUGAACCUGCAGUCACUACACUGGUGUCCCCCAUUUCUGAGCCUGUCCUUGACAUUUUGACUGCUGGAGGUCACCUCAUCUCAUCUUUGACAGUUUUUCCCACUCCACCCAUUUUAACAGAGUCUCUCUUUCCAAUUCUGACACCUUCCGAUGGCGACGUCAGCACUACAGAUGAUCACACGUCUUUUUUCUCCUCCUUCAAAGUCAUUCCUGCCACUCCAGCAGUGGCCACCAGUGUGUACCCAUCAUCAGCGUCCUCAUUGGUUUCUGAGGCCAUCCCCUCACUUCUGCCUGCAGAGCCCGUACCUAUGGGUCCAUCAUUCACACCUCCAGAUUUGCCAGUGAGCAGCCUCCCUGAACCGAGCACCCCUGGUAACAGUGCCGCCCCUGGCAGUGCCGUUGCCACCUCCCUGAAUAGCCAAACCGUGAGUCAGCGUCCCCACGAGAGCAGCACGGCUCCUCCGCCGCCAUCCCCCCGUCCCGUGACAGGCCCCACUCCUGAAGCAGCAGUGGGGACUCCAGCACUGGUCGCCACCAAGCCGCCAUAUGUGUGUGAUAUUACAGUUCCCGACGCCUAUUUGAUCACGGCUGUGCUGGCCAGAAGAGCUGUGCAGGAGUACAUCAUCACAUCCAUCAAAGAGGUGUUGAGGAUUCACUUCAACCGCGCCGUGGAGCUCCAGGUUUAUGAUCUGUUCGCUGACUUCACUUUUCUGGUAACAUCUGGCCCUUUCGUUUACACAGCAAUAUCAGUCAUAAAUGUUCUUAUAAAUAGUAAACUUGUACGUGACCAAACUCCUUUAAUUCUGGCUGUGAAACCUUCCUACCUUGUGCCAGAGUCCAGGUUCCAAGUUCAAACAGUACUCCAGUUUGUGCCUCAGAGUGUGGACACUGGCUUCUGCAACUUCACCCAGCGUAUCGAGAAAGGCCUUAUGACAGCUCUCUCUGAAGUGAGAAAACACCACCAGGGGGCGUAUAACCUCACGGUGCAGAUCUUGAAUAUCACCAUGGGUUCCUCAAGGGCGGCGCCUCGGCGGGGCCCUGUGAAUAUUGUCUUUGCCGUCAGAGGCGCCCAGGGGUUUCUGAAUGGGUCUGAAGUGAGCGAGUUGCUCAGGAACCUGAGUGUGGUGGAGUUCAGUUUCUACCUGGGAUUCCCGGUGCUACAGAUCGCCGAGCCCUUCCAGUACCCCCAGCUCAACUUAUCGCAGUUGUUGAAGUCCUCUUGGGUAAGAACAGUUCUCCUGGGAGUCAUUGAGAAGCAGCUCCAAAAUGAAGUGUUUCAGACUGAGAUGGAACGCAAACUGGCCCAGCUGCUCAGUGAGGUGUCUACCAGAAGGCGGGUGUGGAGAAGGGCCACCAUCACUGCGGGGAACAGCGUGGUGCAGAUGGUCAAUGUGUCCAGGCUAGAGGGAGAUGAUGAUCCCGUGCAGCUCGUCUACUUUGUGGAGGAUCAAGAUGGAGAAAGACUUAGUGCAGUCAAGUCUUCAGAUCUGAUUAACAAGAUCGAUAUCCAGAGAGCAGCCAUUAUCUUGGGUUACCGAAUUCAAGGUGCUGUUGCUCAACCCGUGGACAGGGUGAAGAGGCCGUCUGCGGAGUCCCAGGGCAGCAGCCUCUGGGUCAUCGUCGGCGUGGUUGUUCCGGUGCUGGUGGUGACAGUGAUCGUCGUCAUCCUCUACUGGAAACUCUGCCGCACGGACAAGUUGGACUUUCAGCCUGACACGGUGGCCAACAUUCAGCAGCGUCAGAAGCUGCAGAUCCCCAGUGUGAAGGGCUUCGACUUUGCUAAGCAGCAUCUGGGUCAGCACAACAAGGAUGACGUCUUGAUUAUUCAUGAGCCAGCACCACUGCCAGGACCGGUGAAGGACCACACCACGCCCUCUGAGAAUGGAGACGUGCCGAGCCCCAAGGCAAAGAUCCCUUCCAAGAACGUCCGGCACAGAGGAAGAGUUUCUCCUUCAGAUGUUGACUCUACAGUAAGUGAAGAAUCCAGUGAGAGGGAAGCAGGAGACAAGACGCCAGGAGCAGUGAACAAUGGCAAGUCCCACCGAGCCCCACAGAGCGGCCCACCACCACCCAGUUCAGGGAACGAGCAGCACUCAUCAGCCUCCAUCUUUGAGCAUGUGGACAGGAUCUCCCGUUCCUCAGAGGCCAGUCGGCGGGUCCCCAGUAAGAUCCAGCUGAUCGCUAUGCAGCCGAUCCCAGUGCCUCCGGUGCAGCACUCCAUACUGGCUGACCGGGUGGCAGAAACCAACAAAAUUAACAAAGAGAUUCAGACGGCGCUGCGGCACAAAUCCGAGAUCGAGCACCACCGGAACAAGAUCCGGCUGCGCGCCAAGCGCCGCGGGCACUACGAGUUCCCGGUGGUGGACGACCUGUCGUCGGGCGACACGCGGGAGCGGGAGCGGCACCGGGUGUACCGCCGGGCGCAGAUGCAGAUCGACAAGAUCCUGGACCCCGCGGCCAGUGUGCCCUCGGUGUUCAUAGAGCCGCGGAAGAGCUCGAGGAUAAAACGCUCCCCUAAGCUGCGCCGGAAACACCAGGUCAACGGCUGCCCCGGAGAUGCUGAGAAGGACAGGCUCAUCACCACCGAUAGCGAUGGCACUUACAAAAGGCCCCCCGGUGUCCACAACUCUGCCUACAUCGGUUGCCCGUCUGAUCCUGACCUCCCGGCCGAUGUGCCGACGCCGUCCUCAGCUGAGCUGGGGAGGUAUCCGGGCUUGCCCUUCCAGACCUCCCAGUACGUCCCGCCCCAGCCGUCCAUUGAGGAGGCGCGCCAGACCAUGCACUCCCUCCUGGACGAUGCUUUUGCCCUCGUGGCCCCCAGCAGCCAGCCCACCAAUGCCGUGGCUGCAGGCCCUGGGGUCCCAGCCAGCUUGCCCGUGAACAGCACCCCUUCCCGGGAAGAGAGGCGAGCCACUCAGUGGGGGUCCUUCUACAGCCCAGCUCAGAUGGCCAACAACCCAUGCAGUAGGUAUGAAGACUAUGGGAUGACUCCCCCAUCAGGCCCAUUGCCAAGACCAGGUUUUGGCCCGGGUUUGCUGCAGUCUUCAGAGCUGGGGCCUCCGGAGCCUCAACAGCCACAGGCAUCGGCUGAAGCCCCGUUUGCCGCCCGAGGGAUCUACUCUGAGGAGGUGCCAUCGGUGGCCCGUCCUCGGCCUGUCGGGGGCACCACAGGCCCCCAGAUCCAGCACCUGACGCAGGUGGGGAUUGCGAGCAGGAUUGGAGCCCAGCCAGUGGAAAUCCCGCCAAGCAGAGGCGGUCAGUGUGGGGGACCAGGCUGGCCUUUGCACGGGGAGGAGGAAGCAGGCCGAAGAGAGGCUACACACAUGCUCGGACAUCAAGAGUAUUCCUCACCGCUGUUCCAGGUGCCAAGGACUUCAGGCAGGGAGCCCUCAGCUCCUCCUGGGAACCUCCCGCACCGGGGGCUGCCGGGGGCUGGGCUCGCCUACGCCGCCAGCUCCACGGAAGACCUGCAGCCCAGCCACUCCUCAGCCUCCCUCAUCAAAGCGAUCCGCGAGGAGCUCCUUCGGCUCUCCCAGAAACAGACCACCGUGCAGAACUUCCACAGCUGAUCAGCCUCACCAUGCAGAUUUGCCAAGUAUCUGCUUCCCGUGGAAGCAAGACCGAAAGGAACGCAACUGAGUGGGUGUUUGUGGGAGGACAACAUCUCCUGGGCUAGGAGCCCCUGUAAGAGAGCAAGUUGCAAUUUUAGAAAAUGCCAUAAGUCACAUGACAGCUCAUGAUGUUUUUAAUAAGUUGGCAAUUUUGUGGCCACUUGGGUUCAGUGGAAAUUUAUAUACUUUUGGCCAAAAGCCAGCACACUUCAUGAAGACAAACCACAAACCUAAGCUAACAAAACUACUAAGUCUCCUUUUUAAAGGCAAACGAUGAAAAUCUGUCAGUGGUACAGGGAUUAAAGGAGCCCAGCAUUUCCGUGGGAAGAUGUGAUUCAGACUGGCUUGGUUGAUGAACCUGCUGCUUUGUUUUCUGAGAAGAGAUCUGAAGACAUUUUAUUAACAGCUCGAUUUCCCUCUUUUUCUCCAUAGGAACUCAUUUUAAUAGUAAUAUUGACAGGAAGAACGCCAAGACGGUUGGGGAAUAAAAAAAGUUACUAGUGAGAAACCAAAUGAUAGCUUGUAGGGCCUGGUGAUUCGAGACAAAGCCAUCAUCUGCAUUUUUCCUUCUGGUGCUGCAGCUCCACGGGCCCCUCACCUUUAAGUCUGUGAAAUGCAACUUUGGCUUUUACAAUGGAAGAUUACAUUGAAGGCUUCAUUUGUUCUAGAAAGGAAAAACCCUCCUAUGUGGAGAAUAAAAGCUUACUAUUUA